AUGGCCACAGAAAUAGAAGCAGAGAAUGACUACAAACAAGACUCAGCCGAGACCGCUGAAUGCCCUGUGUCCGAGACCACGCCUACGGAUGAGAAAGCGGUCGAUCGAAGCGAUAAAUCCGGUAAUACAGACCUUUGGCAGAGAGCUUUUGACGAACCGAGUGAGGGUUUAAAAGGACGGCUGCGCGAGAACGAAGCUAUAUCUCCGGCAAAUGCCAUUGAAGAAGUCAUCAAUAGCACAAAAGUGAGCUUUGAAGCAUAUCAAAAUGGAGGACUGAAGUUCAAGAAGUACGAUGGCAAAGAAGUCAAUGUUCACGAUGUGGCCAGAAAGAUUCUCAUGUUGGCUAUUCAAUGUUCAGAUAUUAUCAAAGGCCUAGCAGCCUUUGAUCCUAGUAACCAUGCUUCAAGCGCGUGGGGAAUCGUCUCGCUUGGAUUGACGAUGGCCAAAAAUUUCAUGGAUCAAAGAGAAGCUGCCUUCAAAUCAUCAGAAUUCCUUGCUGAUAUCCUGGCCCGAUACGUUAUACUGGAUGGUUAUUGUCGCACAAAGAAGCUACCAAGCUCUGUUGGGCUCGAUGAUGCUAUUGUAAAAGUGUACAAAGCAAUUCUCGAGUAUACAGCGGAGGUGAAAAAGCGACAGAGCGCAAGCGUUUUGAGGAACAGUGUCUUUCCACUUUCCGACACAGAAUUGAACAAUCUCCUGUCGACCGUGCAGGAUCAGGACCAGAAAGUCAGCAAUUGGAGUCAAAUCAACCAUUACAUAUAUCAAAGUACCAAGGGGGACGAAAUACUCGCCAGUAUCGGAAAGGUCCAUCAGAAUACAGAGAUAAUCAAAGUCAAAGUCAAUUUGGACCAACAGCAUAAAAUUCUUACGUGGCUGUCUGAUAUACAAUAUUCUUAUACUCAGAAUGAUCACCAGAAUGUUCGAACAGACAACACUGGUGAUUGGCUUUUGAGUUCGGGUGAAUAUAGAAAAUGGAAGGCUACACCAGGCAAAACUCUGGCGCUAUAUGGACCUGCUGGCUGCGGAAAAUCGAUUCUUUGUUCUACCGUCAUUAAAGAUAUUGAAAAAGAUUGCAGCAAUAAUCCGUCCAGUAUAUUUUCCUACUGGUACUUCCAAUUCAACCUCAACGAGACUCAAAAUGUGAAAAACAUGACUAGAAGCAUUAUUCGACAACUGAUACCUGAGGAGUUUCCAAGAUCACUUGUCAAUCUAUGGAAAGAACAUGAUCGUCAAAACCGUGACCCAGACCAAGACGAGUUCUUAACGGUUCUCGAUGAUGUUAUUAACAGUCAUACGGGAGAUCAUGUUUUCCUGAUAUUUGACGCACUCGAUGAAUGUCCUGACAAUGAGGCCUAUGAGAGGAAUAUGCUGUUUCAGGUUCUGAAAGAUCUCAUUGAUAAGCACGGUAAAAAGAUCCAUCUUCUGGCAACAAGUCGAUACGAAGAGAAUAUUCGCUGCCAUCUAGAGGAGAGUUUGAAAAUAGAUCUUGAGGACCGAAUGAACGAUGAUGUUGAGGCUUUUGUCCGCGAUGCCCUCGACCAUGGAAAGCUGAGCAGAUGGAAAAAAGUAAAGGGGGUCAAUGAUCAAAUUUUGGCAAAGCUUUUGGACACAAAGGAACCAAGACGUUUUCGCUGGGCUGACCUACAAAUCAAACGACUUGAAAAAUGCAAAACAAACGCUCAAAUCACGGAAUCACUUGAAACGAUUCCAAAUACGCUAGAAGAAACAUACCACCGAAUCCUUCAAGAGAUCCCUGAAGAUGAACAGGAGUACGCGCGUACAAUACUCACAUGGCUCAGUUUCUCUUUUGAGCCACUUGAGCUAGAGACAGUCGCCGCAGUGGUGGACUUUCCACAUCCUGAGGAUGUUGUUGAAACUUGCACUACCCAUCUGGUGACUGUCAGUCCAUCAACUGGGACCAUCAAACUCGCCCAUUUUUCAGUCAAGGAAUUUUUGGUUGUCUCACAUCCUAAGCAUUGGUAUCAGCUAACUACAAUUGGUGGCCAUAUGGACAUAGCUAAUCGUGUUCUUGACGAUCUGCUUGGUAAAACCGAGCUUCUGAGUAAAACACCUAGACAUGGUCUACAGCUCUCGAAGUAUGCCGCAGACCAUUGGGAUGGACACUUUUCUGAGCUUACUGACUAUGGUGCCAAAUUUCCGGACCUAGACAAAAAGAUAUAUCGCCUGUUCGAAGAGCGCAUAGUCUACUUAAACUGGCGGUACAUGGCUCGAGCUGGGCGUCUGUUGCCACGGUAUAUAGAAAAUGAUGUUGUUGAACCGCCCAUCUACUUGGCCUGUCAUAUGGGCAUCCAAAAUGUUGUUGAGAGACUCCUCUCUCAAGGGGCUAAACCUUGUACAGAAUUUUAUGACAGCGGCGGAUUUAAUUGGAGCACAUUUAGAGCGGCUGGUUGGAAUGGUCAUCUUACUAUCCUAAACCAGUUGUUAGGGAAAAUCGAGAUUUCGGCGAAAAUAGCUGUGGUUAUUGCGAGGUCUAUUGAUCUCAAUAUGGCUUUGCCUGAGGAAGUUGAAGCCCUCCUGAAUAAACUUUUGAGCAGCAAAAGUCUUUAUUCGGGCGCUACGGUUCCUUUGGAUCUAUGGAUCAUCGGUGAUUUUAUAUCAUGGGCACCAGCGGAGGUGGUGGAAUUGCUUUUACAGAUCCGUGGUGAUGAGAUUCAAGUCACAGAGACGUUGUUAAUGAAUGCUGCUGAUGCUGACUGGGAUAAUGAUACAGCGUUUCGCUUGCUGUGGCAGAAAAGGGAGCCUGACAUUGAAAUCACCUCGACAAUUUUGCAGCGUAUCGCAUCCGGGUACAAUGGCUUGAAAUGUAUGGAAGUUGUACUCACGGAAUGCGCCCGAGGCUAUUUUCUUGAACAUGAAGUGCUCCAAGAAGUGGCAAAGUCUAAACAUGGUCUUCCGCUGAUGCGAAUGCUUUUGAACAAACGAGAGGCAGGACUGGUUGCUUUUGAUAUUUCAGAGGCAACAAUGAUAGCAGCUGCUUCUAACCAAGACUGGCCACAACAGAUGAUGGAACUGGUCAUCAACAACGCGGACUCGGAAAUUUUAAUCAACAAGAAGAUUUUAUACUCAGCUAUUAGCAAUUACUUGAAAGGAGAAUCUGCUUUGAAGUAUUUGCUUGGGCAUUAUAAGAAUCUGCCGAUCACGGAGGAAGUAUUGGUAUCAGCCGCUGCUGAUGGAAGACACAACGUACUCAGAUUCCUUUUCAACGAAUUUCCACAUGCUCCAGUGACAGAUCGUGUCUUCAAGGCAACUAAGUCGGGGUUUAAGGUGUUGUCACUCUGGUUAAAAGGAGGCCAUCAUGUACAGGACUGCCAAGUGAUAGGGAGUCUUCUGGAGCAAGGCAUUGUGAGCUUACAGGAAUUGACAGAACUACUUGAUGAAGGGCUAGUUGAAAUCGAUGACAAGCUUGUGGAUGCAGUGGGGAUCCAGAAAGCUCUGAUUAUGGCAUUACACGGGCACUAUGCGAUGGAAAAGCUCUUGGAUUUACGAGGAAAUGACAUCGCAGUCCCCGAAGAGGUUGUAUUGAAGGCUCUGGAUGAAAUCCGGGUGGAUGAUGAGGCCUUUAAAAUGUUGGCCGACCGACUAGGAUCAGCAGUACCACGUACAGAGAAGAUUUUGCGGAAAGCUUUUCUGAAUGAUCAAUCUAAACUCCUGGAUUUGUUGCUGAAAGAUGGGCGAAAUUGGAAUCUUGAAAAUGUUUGGGAUACGAUUCGGCGAGGUGAUAAAGGCGAAUUUGGGUGCAUCGUGAGAGCCGCGAAUGCUCUACUGCAAUAUGGAGAAUUUGAUCUUUCACAGACCUUGUUGGAGUUCCUUCCGUUUCAAGUUGAUAAAUACUUUGGUUAUAAGGACCUUCGCGACUUGGCCAAUCUAUGUGCUGGACGAGACAUAUCAGCCCCCGCUACUGAAAUGCUCGCAGAGAUACUCUUUGGAGGUGCUCCUGAGGACACCAUUUACAUAUGCAUCGAUGGACUGCGUUUAGCAGUACCCACAUCAGAGAAGGUUUGGGAUGCGCUUUGGCAAAAUGAUAUCAGCCUUAUGCACAAAGUGAGGGUUUCAAAGAUUCUUCUGCAAUAUGGACAACUCGAUAUUUCACAGACCCUGCUGAGGUUCCUUCCAAUCCAGGCUGAGAAAUACUCCAGUGAUAGGGACCUUGAUGAGUUGGUUAAUCUAUGUGCUGAACGAGACAUAUCAGCUCCUGCUGCUGAAAUGCUCUCUGCGCUACUUUUUGCAAGGGGCUCGGAGUAUAUAAUCAAGAAAUUUAUUGAACAUAAACCCACUAUCCAACUCACAGAUUACCUUCUUGGGCUUGCGUGUAAGAAUGAACGGAUAGACACGACGGUUUUGAUGCCUUUCCUCUACUCGAAAAGAGCCGCGGAUCAGAAUGUCAAGGUUGAAAGUCAGAAGCAGAAGACUAGCUCACGUUAUUUUGAAUCACCAAAUCUGUCUAUUUGA